AUGACUUCUCCAUCCUCCACCCUUCCCCGCAAACUAUGGGAACAUGCCAACCCCCAAUCUACGGAGAUGUGGGCCUUUAAACAGAAACUAGAAGCUGAGAAGGGUCUUCGAUUUUCUACAUUUCACGACCUCUACCAAUGGUCCAUCAACAACCGUGCCGCAUUCUGGGCCUUCUGCUGGGACUACUUCCCCAUCAUCUACGAAGGAAGCUACACCACCGUCGUCGACGAAUUAGCCCGCAUAGAUAGCAUCCCGACCUGGUUCGAGGGUAUCCGGCUCAACUUCGCCGAGAACAUGCUCUUCACUGGUGAACGAACCCCCAACGGUGAUCGGCAAAUAACAACCACAAACAAAGAAGACGGCAAGAUUGCCCUAACGCAGAUUCGCGAGGGUGGCUCCGAGCCACCGAUUAGCAUCACCUGGCGCGAACUCCGACAGCGAACGGGACGGUUAAUCCAGGCCUUGAAGGUAGCGGGUGUUGUCAAGGGUGAUCGAAUCGCGGUGGUAGCGAGUAACAGUAUCGAUACGUUGGUUGUGCUGCUAGCGACGACGGCGCUUGGGGCGCUGUUCUCGUCGGCUUCAACUGAUACCGGUGUUAAGGGAAUUCUGGAUCGAUUGCUGCAGCUCAAGCCAAAGUGGGUAUUUGUUGAUGAUGCAGCGGUUUAUAAUGGGAAGCGGAUUGAUCUGCGGCCCAAGAUUCGAGAUAUUGUUGGUGGAUUGGGUGGUGUCGAGGAGUUUCGGGGUGUGGUUGCUGUGCCGCGGUUUGCGGAGCCAGCUGAUCUGAGUGGUAUGCCUAAGACGCAGUCGCUGGCGACGUUCCUGGCCCAGGCACGCUCAGAUGAGUUGGAAUUUGUUCGCAUUGGGUUCCGUGAUCCAUUUCUUGUUGUUUAUUCGUCUGGGACGACCGGGAAGCCGAAACCGAUUGUUCAUGGUGUCGGUGGAUAUAUCCUCAACGGUAAUAAAGAGGCCCGGUUACAUAGGCUUCAUGGUCCGGAGUCUGUCGUGCUACAGUACACGACAACGGGAUGGAUCAUGUAUCUGUCCGCCAUUACCGGGCUGAUGUUCGGUGGGAAACCCAUCUUAUACGAUGGAAGCCCCUUCCUGCCUGACGUGAAAUUCCUCAUUCGAUUGCUGGGCGAGUACAAAGUUACCCACUUCGGUACCUCGCCGCGAUAUCUGCAGGAGUUGCGGAAGAAUAAUAUCCGGCCACGGGAUAUCGCAGACCUCUCCAAGCUCUCCAUUGUCACUAGCACCGGCAUGGUCCUGUCAGAGACCUUGUUUGAAUGGUUCUACGAUGAGGGCUUCCCCGCUCACACGCAGCUGGCAAACAUCUCCGGAGGAACCGAUCUAGCAGCAUGCUUCGGUCUCGAAAACCCCUUGACACCUCUGUACGUGGGCGGCUGCCAGGGACCCAGUCUCGGCCUCCCCAUCGCAGCAUAUGACCAAGCGGACGAAGGAGCUUCUGGUGUCAAGGGGAAGCCAGUUCCAGACGGAGAACCGGGCGAAAUUGUCGCCACGGCUGCUUUCCCAACCAUGCCGGUGAAGUUCCUUGGAGAUGACGGACCCCAGAAGUAUUUCGACUCCUACUUUGCCCGGUUUGACAACGUCUGGACCCACGGCGACUUCAUCAGCAUCCACCCCAUCACCAAACAAAUCUUCUUCCUCGGCCGUUCGGACGGAGUCCUAAACCCCUCCGGAAUCCGGUUCGGGUCCGCCGAAAUCUACAACGUAAUUGACACACGAUUUGCCGAUGAAAUCGCAGACUCGAUCUGCGUGGGACAGCGCCGACCCCAAGAUCCUGAUGAGUCAGUAAUGCUGUUCCUGCUCAUGCGACCGGGACGUGAAUUUACGCCGGAGUUGGUGAGACGGGUCAAGGAGGCCAUUCGAAGGGCUCUCAGUGCGAGACAUGUCCCCAAGUAUGUCUUCCAGACGCCCGAAAUUCCGACGACGGUUAAUCUCAAGAAGGUUGAGUUGCCGGUGAAGCAGAUUGUUUCGGGGAAGAAGAUCAAGCCCUCCGGGACGCUGUUAAAUGCGAAGAGUUUGGACUUUUAUUAUCAGUUUGCUGAGGUUGAGAGGUUGAUAGAGCCUAAGAGCAAGUUGUGA